GGCAGUUUUGAUCAAGUUUUGAUUGAGAAAAAAGUGACAGAUAAUACGCGGAAUCAACAGUAGAAAGCCUUUUGAUAAAAGAUUUUUUAGUUCUUUAAAAUCAAUUUUUCGUAUCAAAAUGGGCAACACGUCGUCACUGCUUCUAAGAGAAGAUGAAAUUGCCCAAAUUCAGGAGAAAACUGGAUUCACGCCGAAUCAAAUUGAGCGAUUGUACAGCAGAUUCACCAGCCUGGACCGAGGCAACUGUGGCACACUGAGCAGGGAAGACCUUUUGCGAAUCCCAGAACUGGCCAUCAAUCCGCUUGGUGACAGGAUCGUUCACGCUUUCUUCCAGGAAGGCACCGGCGACUCCAUCAACUUUCUGCAAUUUAUGCAGGUUUUGGCUCACUUCAGACCAAUCAAGAAAAACAAAGACACAAAGUUGAACUCCCGGGAACAGAAAUUGAAGUUUGCCUUCAAAAUGUAUGACCUUGACGGUGAUGGAAAAAUCUCCAGAGAUGAGCUCCUUGCAAUUUUGCAAAUGAUGGUGGGGUCAAAUAUUAGUGAAGAGCAACUGACAAGUAUUGCAGAACGAACCAUUUUUGAAGCUGAUCAAGACGGUGAUCAGAUGAUUUCUUUUGCUGAAUUCUGCAACGCCUUGGAGCGCACUGAUGUAGAGCAGAAGAUGUCGAUCCGAUUCCUCAACUAGGUGCAUUUUUCAACUGAAAUUUAUCUAUUUUUUCUAGAAAGCUUGAACCUAUAAACUAUUUAAUUUUCAAAAUCGUUCCUCUAUUUCUUGGCUAUUAGGUCCACCUAUAUUCCAAAGCACAACUGUUGGUUAUAAUAUUUAUGUAAUUGUGAUUUAUUUUCAAAGAAAAGAUAAAAUAUUGUAAAAAUGUAGAUUUGCUGAUGACUGGUUCGUCAAAUUUGCGUGGAUUGAGACUUUAUUGCUAUUUAGAAAGUUGAAGGUUUGUGAUAAGAUUGUAAUUGAUUAAUAUAAAUUGAAUUAUAUAUCUUG